AUGGGCAUCCGCGGCGUGCUGCGGGCCGCUGUGCUGUUGCUGCUCAUCCGGACCUGGCUCGCGGAGGGCAGCACCCCCAACCCCACCACCAGGUUCCACUUUGGCCGCUCCAACGCUCCCGAAGUCGUCCAGGACCUCUUCAGCUGCAAAAAUUGUGCCAGUGAAGCUGUGGUUCACAAGGUUUUGGACAGGGUGUUGAAGGGGUACGAUGUCCGUUUGCGGCCAAAUUUUGGAGGUGCCCCUGUGCCUGUGGGUAUCUCCAUCUACGUCUCCAGGAUUGAACAGAUCUCAGAAAUGAAUAUGGAUUACACCAUUACCAUGUUUUUUCAUCAGACCUGGAAAGACCCCCGCUUAGCCUACUAUGAGACCAACCUGAACCUGACCCUGGACUACCGGAUGCUUGACAAACUGUGGGUCCCAGACUGUUACUUCCUGAAUAGUAAGGAUGCUUUCGUUCAUGAUGUGACUGUGGAAAACCGCGUGUUUCAGCUUCACCCCGAUGGAACUGUACGCUAUGGCAUCCGCCUCGCCACCACAGCAGCUUGUUCCCUGAACCUGCAGAAGUUUCCUCUGGACAAGCAGGCCUGCACACUGGAAAUCGAGAGCUACGGAUAUACAGUUGAGGACAUCGUCUUAUUUUGGGAAGACAAUGGGAAUUCCAUCCAUGGGACUGAGGAGCUGCACAUCCCCGAGUUCAGCUUCCUGGGGAAGACCGUUACCAGCAAGGAGGUGUUCUUCUACACAGGGUCUUACAUGCGCCUGAUCCUGAGUUUCCAGUUCCAAAGGGAGGUCAACAGCUUCCUUAUGCAGGUCUAUUGGCCCACUGUCCUUACCACUGUUCUCUCCUGGAUGUCGUUUUGGAUGAACUGCGAUUCCUCUGCUGCUAGGGUGACAGUUGGCUUGACGUCCAUGCUCAUCCUGACCACCAUCGAUUCCCACGUGCGGCACAAACUGCCCCAGGUUUCCUGCAUCAAGGCCAUCGACAUCUAUAUCAUCGUGUGUUUCUUUUUCGUCUUCUUUUCCUUGAUGGAGUACGUCUACAUCAACUAUCUUUUCUACAGUCGUGGACAUCGGCGCCAGCAGAGGCGACUUCGACGAGCCCGGAGAAUCAUCAAUCGCUACCGCUACCGGGAAGUUGCAGUGGAGGAAGUGCAGGGAGACCUGAGUGGUAUUGAAGACAUGGACUCUCUUCUCUCCAUCCCAGCGCUGGCCCGCCUUGCAAGUCCUGAGAGCUUCAGCUCUUUGUCCUCCUCCCCAGAGCGAGCCCGGCUGGCCACCUCGGAAAGCCUCAGCCCACUCAGCCUCAUGUCCAGCCAGGUUACCGAGGACAGCCAUAGUCAGCCACCCUGUAGCUCUGUGCAGGCCCUCCUCAUCUGUGGUGUAAUGUCUGAGAUCCACAACCACUCUGAGUUCUGCAGCCAGGAGGACCUGAGGUGUGUGCGUGAAGCAAGCUGGGAUCUGGAUGAGAUCUGUAGCUUGCCCGAUGAUGCCGAUAAUGUUGAUAAUAGCUGCCCCGACCUGGAGGAGAAUCCCCAGGAUGAUGGUGAUGGAGUCUGGAGCCUGGAGGAAGAGGAGGAGGAGAUCCUGGUCUGUGUCCGAGAGGAUGACAGUGGCUCCGAGUCUGAUGACAGCUGCCCCCCGAGUCCUGGCUGCUCCUUCAGCAGAGGGGUGUCCUCGAAGCUCUUCAACCCUGACUAUGUCCCUCAGGUUGAUAGGUGGUCCCGCUUCCUCUUUCCUUUGGCCUUUGGGCUGUUCAACAUUGCUUACUGGGCAUACCACAUUAAUUAG